UCUCUCGGUGUGCGUGUAUGUGUGUGCGCGCGCGCGUGUGCGACACACAUGAGUUGCGACUCAAAAGGAGUUGGGGGGCCACUGGAAAAAAAAAAGAGCCAUUUUCCCAAGCCCGCCAUACGAACUUGCAUCCAAAUCAACCGGCCCCAUUGAUUCUGCAAAACAGGGAACAUUCCCCCCUCUUUCCUCUUAGAUUAUCCCCCUCCCCCUUUCCUUCCCACAACCAAAAUAGCUGGUUUUUCUUACUUUGCUAGGCCCCCAACAUAGAAUAAGAAACUUUUAAAAUAUAAACCAAUUGUUAAAAGUUUCGAAAAGCCUAGUCGUCUCCCUCUCUCACCACCCGGUGUAUGUGAGUUAUUUUCUUCUUUCCCUCCCACCUCCCGUGACUCACUCCCGUUUUGGACCUACCCAACAUUUUGUGCAAAAGGCAUCAGCCAUGAACAAGCUGUAUAUUGGAAACCUCAACGAGAACGUGACUCCGGCGGAUCUGGAGAAAGUCUUCAACGACCACAAAAUAUCCUUCUCUGGCCAGUUCUUGGUGAAGUCUGGCUACGCCUUUGUCGACUGCCCAGAUGAGCAAUGGGCUAUGAAAGCCAUCGAAACUUUUUCUGGCAAAGUGGAGUUGCAUGGGAAACAACUCGAGAUUGAACACUCAGUCCCUAAAAAACAAAGGAGCCGCAAAAUUCAGAUAAGAAAUAUCCCCCCUCAGCUUCGAUGGGAGGUCUUGGAUGGUUUGCUAGCUCAAUAUGGUACUGUGGAAAACUGUGAACAAGUGAAUACGGACAGCGAGACAGCAGUUGUUAAUGUCACCUACUCUAACAGAGAACAGACCAGACAAGCUAUCAUGAAACUUAAUGGACAUCAACUGGAAAACCAUGCAUUGAAAGUCUCAUACAUACCUGAUGAACAGAUUGUGCAGGGUGCAGAGAAUGGACGUCGAGGUGGUUUUGGAACACGGGGUGCCCCACGGCAAGGUUCUCCUGUGGCUUCAGGAGCUCCAGUGAAACAGCAACCAGUAGAUAUCCCCCUUCGGCUUCUGGUUCCUACCCAGUAUGUGGGAGCCAUUAUUGGUAAAGAAGGUGCCACCAUCCGCAACAUAACCAAACAGACACAGUCCAAAAUUGAUGUGCAUCGGAAGGAAAAUGCGGGGGCGGCUGAGAAAGCAAUAAGCAUCCAUUCAACUCCAGAAGGCUGUUCUGCUGCUUGCAAGAUGAUCUUGGAAAUCAUGCAGAAAGAGGCAAAAGACACCAAGACUGCUGAUGAAGUACCUCUGAAAAUCCUAGCCCACAACAACUUUGUAGGACGACUAAUUGGCAAGGAGGGCCGCAACCUGAAGAAAGUGGAACAGGACACAGAGACAAAGAUCACCAUCUCCUCCCUUCAGGAUUUGACAUUAUACAAUCCUGAAAGGACUAUCACUGUGAAAGGCUCCAUCGAGAAUUGCUGCAGAGCAGAGCAAGAAAUUAUGAAGAAAGUGAGGGAGGCGUAUGAGAAUGAUGUAGCAGCCAUGAGUCUACAGUCACACUUGAUACCUGGUCUCAACCUCGCUGCUGUUGGUCUCUUUCCUGCCUCUUCCAAUGCAGUGCCGCCUCCUCCAAGUAGUGUCUCUGGAGCAGCUCCAUAUAAUUCUUUUUUGCCUCCUGAGCAAGAGACUGUACAUGUUUUCAUCCCUGCCCAGGCUGUAGGUGCAAUCAUUGGCAAGAAGGGCCAGCACAUCAAACAGCUCUCCAGAUUCGCAAGUGCCUCAAUCAAGAUUGCUCCUCCAGAGACUCCAGAUUCCAAAGUGCGUAUGGUGAUAAUUACUGGACCUCCAGAAGCCCAAUUUAAGGCUCAAGGACGAAUUUAUGGAAAGCUGAAAGAGGAGAACUUUUUUGGGCCCAAAGAGGAAGUGAAACUUGAGACGCACAUCCGAGUCCCUGCCUCAGCAGCAGGAAGAGUCAUUGGCAAAGGAGGCAAAACAGUCAAUGAACUUCAGAACCUGACAGCAGCUGAGGUAGUUGUUCCCCGGGAUCAAACCCCUGAUGAGAAUGAGCAAGUCAUUGUCAAAAUCAUCGGACAUUUCUAUGCUAGCCAGAUGGCUCAACGCAAAAUACGUGAUAUCCUUGCUCAGGUGAAACAACAGCAUCAAAAGGGACAGAACAACCAGACACAAGCACGAAGGAAAUAGGAAAUGACUUGUACCCGGUGUGUGAAAGAAGAGAGAGAGAGAGAGAGAUGGACAAAUGGAUGAACAACAAUGACAAUGGAUGAAACAAAGCCAAGCAGAAAAGAAUGAUGAUCUAUUUCAGAACCCUAAGAGUGGCUGGGAUUCAGUUUACCGUAGGCAGGUCUUAGUAAUUUUUUGGAGAUGGGUGUUUUACUCUAUCAUGAGCAUAUACAUGUCUGUUUCCAUAGAGAUGUGGCCUCUCACACAAAGGUAUUUUCACACGGUAUUCCUUUUUUUGGUGGGGGGGGGAUACUUGGUUCAGCAAUAAACAAAAAGUUCCUAAUCAAAUUACUCCUCUGUCAGAAUAUCAAACUAUAUAGGAUCAUGAUUUUAUCUAGGAAAGCAAGAAGCUUACACUUGGAAGUAUGUCAUGCUUUACCAGAUCAAGGCCAAACUUUUUUAAAAAAACAACCCUUAAUGCUUCCUUCCGCAACCACCCCCAGUAGUUUCAGGAUAUAUUUGGGCAACCCUCUCCGUAACAUGAAUUAGGAUUAAUGUUUGCAUUUGACAAGAGAAGGGCAGAGAAUGGAACCAGAUUCUUUAUAACAGCCUCCUUAUCUGAUACUUUCCAGAUAAUUGGCUUCUAUGGGAUACAGUAUUACUUCAAAGGUGCUUUUUUCUUUAAAAGGCAAUUAGACUGUUUUUUUCCUUGAGGAGGAACAAGAAAAUGUUUUGCUUUUCAUCCAAGAAGCUUCAUCAGUUGAUGGUGGGGGAUGGAAGGAUAGGUACUGACAAGUUGAGACUUGAUGGUGGGGGAGAUGGAAGCAUAGGUUCUGACAGAAUGGGAGGGGGAUAGAAAGUUUGUAUUCCUUUGCAAUCAUCUGGUCAUUAGAACUAUUGAGGCCAUUUGGGAGUUUAUCUGUGCCCUAAUCUAGUGCCCCAAUCUAGUUUAUCUGUGCUCUAAUCUAGUGGCCUCAACUGACAGCUAUUGCCAUUUGGGAAUUUAUCUGUGCCCUAAACUAGUGGCCUCAACACCUCAGAGAGUACUAAUGACCAAAUGACUGCAAAGAAGUACAAUCCUUCCAUUUUCCCCUCACAUCCUAUCUGAACCUAUCUUUCCACCUCAGCAUCCAGUCUCAACUGUCAGUACCUAUCCAUCUCCCCGCCAUCAGAACUGAGGAAGCUUCUUGGAUGGAAAGUGAAACACUUCCUUCUUCUUCCUUAAAGAAACAACAGUCAAGUUGCCUUUUGGAGAAAAAAAGCACCUUUGAGACAAGUAUGACCCGGAUAACUGAGAAUCUCCACAGACAGAUACAGUAUUAUAUCCUUAAGAUUAUGAAAGUCAGAUGUCAAAUUUUUUCCCUAUAGUCCUAUUAGCAUACAGUGGAGCUGUCCAUUGUUCUAACCUAGGCUUCCCCCAUCUGGACAAGACAUUUUGGCUACAUUGCCACUAUGGGAGAAUGAGCUCAAGAAUCUGAUUGGGUGAUUUUCAUGUUCCAUAGUGUCUGGGAGAAAAGACUGAAGACUGACUCUGGACCUCAUAUCCAUCUCGGCUUUUCAGGAAGGUCAUUCAACUUUACAUUUAGAAUACAGCACAGUUUCUCUCUUAACAUCCAUAUGUCCCCGAGAGGCAUCCUGUCACUUUAAAAAUGUUUUGAACAUCUAGAAUUCAUUCUACAUGUUAAUAUGACAUCUUUUCCCCCACUUCCUUGGAAGUUGUCAAAAUAUGAGGAAAGAUUACAUUCUUCAAAUUGGCUGCAUGUUUCAAUUGUCCUAAAAGCUUAUAAAAAUGGGGAGAAAAAAUAAACAAAUUUGACUUUUUGGUACUCUCUCCUGGAAUGGUGCACUGGCUCAAUUCAGAAAUUUAUACCAAAUCAUGAAUUGUGGGACUCCAUAGUUUAGAAUUCAAGCUAUUUUUUAAUUUAAAAUCUACGCCAUGAUUUGAUAUUCCUAAUAUGUAGGUAAUUCAUGGUCAGGAUUCAUACAACAGGCCAAGCUAGAUGAAAACACUAACUUGGUGUACUCUGUAAAUUCAUCGAAAUUGUGAUUAAUACAUUUAAGAGUUUUGUCCAAAGAAGGAAAUUUGGUUCAUUCAGUAAAUCCUUCUUAAAUUACUGUGGGUCUUUGUGUUGUCCACAUAUAACUAUUUAUUUAUUUACCUGCUUUCCAUUGUUACUACUAUAUUUUUUAUAAUAUGGCAUGGUCUUAAAAUCUUUUUACCUGAUAAACCACCUCAAAAUUGAUCCUGCAAAUUUAUUUUUAGCCUGGGUUUCUGAUUUUUGUAUGUUUGGCAAAUAACAAAACAUGAUUUUAUUACAAAGGAGUUUUGUAUGAUAUCUGAAUUGAGCCAGGUUGAUCCUUAAUUGAGAAAUAAAUAGCACAUCUGUCUAUCCGUCUCUCUUCCUCUCCCCUUCCCCUAGUCCUUCUAAAUAUUUUAAUUUGUUAAGCCAGAAAAAGUAUUGAAAUAAUUAGAAAAUCAAUCAGUGAGGAAUAUGCUUUAAUCCACCUAAGAUGUAUAUUCUUAAUGAACAAUCCUAUUUGAAUGAGAUGGUCAACGGAAGACAAAAAUUGUGGCAAGUGGCCAUAGAGUUUUAAUUCUCUUGAACUAUUAAGUCGUCAGAUUCAGAUUAUUUCCAGUUCAAUGGAUAAAGUGGCUUUACUUUUCGUUUUGUCCAGUACCCUCUCUCCUAAUUUGGUAUGUACAUGUUUUGACAUGUAAAUCCAAGCCACAGUAAAAUCCCUAUUCCAGGCAGACACAAAUGAAAAUCCUAUUCCUAUUUCACCAGUGUUUAACAUUUUAACAUUUCAGGACUUUUACUUCUUCCUGUGGUUAGUACACUGAAUGUUUUCAGAUGAAGUUAAACACUCUGUUAAAAUAAGUGUGAUUUAGGAUUCACUUUUAGAUUCUGGAAGAUGUAUAGUUUUCCCCAAUCUGUUGUUCUCCUGAUGCAUUCAAUUUCAGCUCCAAUACUUCCUAACUAGUAUUUUGUUGGUUGGGAAAUUCUGAGGGUUGAAGCCAAACAUAUUUGGAAGGUGCAAGAUUGGGGAAAAGUGCUUUACAUGAAUUUUAAAGUCGAUACUAUGAAGCAAUGAAUUGUGAACUGCAGUGUAAAGACAAAUAGCAUUUAGAUCUCCCUCAGUUCAGCCUUUCCCCAAUGGUAAAUCAACUUGCCCUUGACUUCUACUGAACAGAAAUUGCAAUUACUGCUGUAUGAUCUCUAGCAAAUGACCUGUAGUUGCUAUAUUUGGAGAGGUUGCAGCCAUCUCACUUUAAUUGUUGAAUGGCGGCUUUAGAUAAAGUAGCAAGAGGUCUGCCAGUCUUGGAGAAUCUCAGCCUCAAAAGCGUUGUCUAUUUAGCUGUCAUUUGAAAAUGCCCCAUUCUCUUUCUGAUUGCCAGUUUCCAUGGCUUCCUCUGUCCAUGUAAUUACUGCUUCCUCCUCCUCCCAAAAUCAGUGGAGAGUAAAAAUACAAUAUAUGCGUAAGUGUUUGGGGUACAUUACAUGUACCUGGCUUUUAAACACAUUUUUAGGGGAAGUGUGGGACAGUACAUUGGUUACAAAAGAAAGAUAUACCUCAAGGCUACUUGCCAUAUAGAUUUCACAAUCAAAGGACUUUAGAAUGUAGCAGCCCAGGUCCUUUUUUUCCCGAGAAUGGUCAGGGCUCCUGUCCACUUUAGAAGCUUCUCACAUGAGACCGUGUUACGCUGCUGGGAAAGAUUAAAGACAGGGGACAUGACUUGCUAUAUUUCCUCCAGAGUUUUAAUAACAUCAGAAAUUAUUUCUUUUCAUAUGUUAUCCUACCUUUAGAAGAACCUCAGUGCUUAGUCAUACCAAAAAGGAGGAGGAGGAGUUCCUGUCUUGAUACAGAGAAUAACAAAAGGCUUACAAAUUGGUGCACUAAAAACUGUGGCCUAUUUAUGAAAAGCGCCUUUAAUGCAGGCACUCUUGGAGUUGUUUCUGGGUGACUUUUCUCUAGGGAGCAGGCUUCCCCAUACUUGAAUGAGUGAAGAUACACAGAACAUCAUCUCUGAGUUGGAGCAAAUAAUUACUUCAUUGAUCUUAACUAUGAGAUUAAAAUGGAUGAUUUACCAGCACAACCUUACACCUUGGGCAUUGAAUUCCAAGUAUGUACUGGAUUGCACUGUAAAGGAUUUAAACCCCAGAUUAAAAUUAGUGCCAGUUUAUCUCUGUAGAAGACAAACCAAUGUGUCAGAUAAUCCCCAGAAAAGGAACUAAUUACCUCCAGAGGGAAUGAAAGAAAUAGCAAGCAUGCAUAGAGAAAUUGCUGUUUCUUUUUCGGCUUGGAGGAAAAAAAACAAUGGGGCCUAAAAAUGAAACCAAAAGUGAUUUUAAUGAAAAAAUUGGUGUGAUUAAAAUAAUAGCAAACAACCCCCUAAUUUUGAAAUACUUGUAUAUAUUUUUUUCUGCCACAAAGUUACUGAUUUUCUUUAGGAGGCGAUACCAAAUAUAGACAUCAAAAGAAUGUAAUAUGGUUACUAAUCCCAGUCACUCUUAUGCAAAUUUUAAAAAGAAAAAAAAAUAUGUAAAAUAUUUACAAUGGGUUUUUAGAAUUUAUGAAGAGCAGCAACUGCUCACCUGGCAGCCUGAGCCCAGAACAAAGUUUUGUCUCUGCAUCGACUUGGGCAUCAAUUAAACUGUUCCUCUGAGGAUAAGUUAUUUUCCCCAACAGAGCCUUGAAUCCUUACAACCAGCACUAAUAUAACAGGGAAUUGAUUUGAAACAGUCCACCCAGCGAAAAAACUCUUGCAUCCUUAUCUACCUCAAGGCAGUUUGAUCGGUGGACAUGGAAAGCUGUUUGCCCAGAGUGGUCAUUACAUACCCUGGAAAGCAACAAAUUGUAUACUUUUGCCAAAUUAAUGGAAAAAUCAAGUUAAUGGUUUGAAUUUCAUUCAGUGGCUGCAAAAGCCCUGUUGAUUUCAAUAUGGACAUUCUGUUUUACGUGGAUUCCUGAGUGUUAGGUCUCUUAAAAAUGUUAAUGAAAUAACUUGACACUUGGCAGCGAUUCAAGGCAUGGAAAUUGUAAACAUUAAUUCAUUUGAUUACAGAUGUAUUGACAUAGAGUGCAAUCAUGUUGCAUUCUAAUUUUGUAAUUUCUUUCUUUAAAAAGGAAAUAAGUAACAAUAUGGGGCAAAUUAUCCCUCUUUGUCUUGAUAUAUUUAUAUCUUAGCAGAGACAAGACUUUUGUUAUAUAUUGACUCAUCGAUUGUCCAGGUUUAAAAUGUUUUUGCAACUGGGCUGUUUGUGACAACUGCAAAUCCAGGUCCAGUGUAUUUCCAUAUGCCUGUUACCCGAAUGACAUCUUUGAAUUGAAGCUGAAGUGGCUGCAUGGAUCUUGCUGUUUACACUGAAGCAGCUGCUUUCCUUUUUUUCUGAAACCUUGCAAGGACGGGCAUGUACAGAAAUGUCAGGCAUUGCUUUGUGUUUUAAGGGAAAGGAGGAAAAAAAAGAAGAAAAAAGAAAUGAGAGAAUAAUGGAGGGGAAAAGCUACCUCAAGGUAUGAAGUUACCUCAACAAUUGUUUUGUUUUUUGGGCUUGCUGAUAUUUUAUAUAAAAGCUGAUAGUCUUGAAUAUUUUAUUUUUUUAAUGAAAAGAGAAGUUACGUUUCCUAAUUUCUAAUGAGCCAGAAGUUAUUAUGCAGGUCGGAAAUGUUACAAGCUCUUUAUGGAGAACUGCAGAGACUUCAGAUGUAGCGGAAAAGACGGCAGAUUUUUCCCACUCUCAAAUUUGCAGCUUAAUUUUAUUUAUAUCUAAAAUUCAAAUUAUAAAUUCUGUCCGCUCAAAAAUUUGGCAAAAUUAAAACCUGUGUAUUUCAAUGUCAGUGUCCAAGUUGUUAGCAUUUGUGUGAAAAGAAGCAGCUGUCUAAAAGACAAAGUAAUAUGGCAAUCUUGAGGGCGUAAAUUGGCUAAUUCUACUUAAAUAUAUUUAAUUUGGAAAUUAGGGAUAGUUGAUAUCAUUCUGUGGCAGUUGGAAUUCAGAUUUAUGAUUUUCUCUUUGGCUGAUUAUCUGGUUUAUUAAAGCUGGGGUUUCUUUCACAUAUUUUUCAACACUUGGGGUUGCUCAAAUGCUGUUUGUGCAGAAAAUGGCAUUAUGAGAACAAAAAGGAGACAAAUCUCAUGAAAGUGAUUUGUCCAUUGGAUCAUGCAAAAGAGAUAUUAGCAUCUCAAAUAUUGAACUACAGUACAUUUAUACAAAGAAAUUUGUGAUAGAUCACUAGAAACAUAUGAAUGAUUUUUGCAUAUCCUUUGCGUGUUGAAACUAAAUGAAGUGUGUUUAGGAUUGGAAAGCCACAGAUGAGGUUUUUUUAAUGAAAAGUUACAAAAAUAUUCAGGAAUUAGGAAUUACUCAGUUGAGAUACAUUCUUGUGUUUGCAUUCACUUGACCGUCUUUUCCGCUAUGUUACUGUGAAAUAUUCUACAAAGAUUACCUCAGUUUUACUGAGGAGAAGCAGACCAUUAUUUUUUUUAGAAAAAGAAAAGAAAUGGGAGCCAAACUUUCUUGUGGCUUUUUGUACAUUCUUCUUGAGAAGCUGCAACUCUAAUUGCCACUCUUUGAAAAGUAUGGAGCUGGGCAGGUUUAAACAUUGAAUUUGUUUUAUAUUCCAUUGCACUUGGAACAGAUAACCCUCUCUACACGUAAUUUUAAAAAGCAGUGGUUGUAAAUGGAUUCACAAAUGAUUGUCUUAAAAUUAUUCUGACCCGGAAGCUCUCCAGCCAAAUGCAAACUGGGUUCUUGAGAGAUCAGAUAUAUUGUUCUUAAAAAGUCACUAUCAUUUUCCUGUAGAGAUUGGAGUUUGGGAUGAGUUGAAAGCCCCAAUGCCUCUCCCCCUGCUUUCCUAGUUGGAAAACAUUGGUGUUCCUAUCAAAACUUUUCUCAUCCUUCAUAAAUAAAGACAGUUGCAAAAUACUGUCUAUUUAAGACAGUAUGGACUAUACUGUAAUGAACUAUAAGUUAAGAAGAGUGGGAUAAAAAGAAUACUACCUCUAAUGCUCUUGUCCCCACAGGAAAAGAUGUAGGGCAAAAUGUAGGUUUCCUUUCUUGAAGAUCUCUGACUUCUCUUACUUUUAAUACAGACUUGCAUAGAUCAGGAUUUUUAAAAUUAUUAUAAUUCAGACAUCAGCCAUAGCAAAUAAGUUGGCUUUUUUCCUCAGCAGCAAGCAAUUUUUGGUAUUCUUUGAAAGGAAUGGCGUGGGUGGGAAAACAUUCUCCCCUCUCUCCUCUAGUGCUCUUAGCAUCUAAAUGUUGCUGUGUUUUCUUUUUUAAAAUUCCAGCUAUAUGAAGUGUUUGGAGUGAAAACAUCUUGCAUUAUCCAAAUGAGCAUAACGUUAUUCAAAGGGUAGGCAGUUUUAACAGCCUGGCUUUAGGGUUCAAGCUGUAGGCAUUACAUGAAUCCUAUUAACAUUCAAGAGGAUUUCAGUUGCCUUGAAUAGGAGGCCUUUGUCCUACUGAGGGUGCAUCUGUUCUUAUUCAUCUAUUAAGUGGAAAUGAUGAUGCAGUGGUUGAGUACGAUACAAAGGUUGGAGGUGGUUGUGAUUAUUUUUUAAAAAAUGUGCAGUCAUUAACAUUUGAUCCUGCCACACCGUGAUAGUGGCUCCUUUGCCAUCGAAUUGUGAGUUUUGCAGACAUUUCUCAUUUUGAAUUGGAUCUUUGAACACUUGUGUUAAUGCCAAUGUAACUAUCAAACUCUACUGGAUGCAGUGUUCUGCUCUCGAGGCUUCAGAUGAGAUUAGGAACUCAGGGUUUGGCUCUUAUUAUCAGCACUUAUAGCUUCUCCCUCAGCAUCUCAAUUUGCUGCUAUUUUCUGCCAUUGUUUCCACAUUUCUAGUGUCCAAAAAAGAUCAGUAUAUAGUAACUGAGACAAAUGUUGGCCUUAAACUCCACCACUUUCUUUCAGUUUACAAUGUGUAUAUGUCCAUGUUGGUGAGGGAUGAUGGGAAUAUACUCAUCAAGAAGUAUGUAGAUGGACAUACAUACUUGCAGCUUUAUAUCAAUGGUAAGCAAAAAAAGACUUAUCUGAAAGUGGCUCAGAGAAAAUCAGUAACAAGUCGUCUUUUUGUAAAAGAUUACUUGACAAGCCAAUAAAAUUGAAUCCUUAUAAACAGAAAACAAAUCUUAAUUCCACAAUACUUCAGCUAUCUCUGUGAACUUAAUCUGGAUAGUUGGAUGGGUUUCAUCUUGUUCAUCAGAAAAGUCUAGAAAGACAACAUUGUGACUUAGGUUUGAUUGGAUUUAACUGGAUCAUCUGUAGCAGCCUUUUGUUUUCUCCAGAUGUGUUGGACUAAUGGCUAUAAUCCCUCAAGCAAUUUGUCUGCUGGUUGGGGAUUGUAGAGAUUGAAAUUCUACACAUCUGGGGAGCAACAGAUUAAGAAAAUUACUUCAAGGUGUUGCUGUGUAGUUAAUGUCCCGUUAUAAAUCAUGUUGAUGGCUUGUGUUUUUGGUCUAGGUCUACUCCAUCGUAACCUCCUGUCUGAUAGCAUUAAAUCACUUUAGCCGCUAAGAAGUUAGCAUAUGGUGAUGUGGAAAAGGCCUUUCAAAAAUCACUUUUGAGUUACAACGAACUAAUAAGGACUCUCUCCCCAGGAUUUCACGUAAUUGAUUUUCUUUCCUCAAAAGGCUUACUAUAAUUGAAGGAGAAAGGAGGAGCAAGACAGUGGAAAGGCAGAAAGUCUCAGGAGGAUAAGCUUCAAGGGGUUGUGAGGGCAGGUAAGAGAGCUAUGUGACACAAAUGACCUAAUAUUAUUGGACCUUCUAUGCUGAUGUAUGCAUGUUUUAAGAACAUGUGUUACAUAGGCUGUCUCAGGAGGCUUAGAAAUUUUAAAAUUUCUAAACUUGGAAUGUUAUACAUAACGAGAAUCUUAUUUGGAACCGUGUUUUGAUUGCACUUCACUUAAGUUGACUUGGAACCAAAUCCAGAAUAUAUUUAAAUAGGUGCAGUGUUUUUGGAAUCCAAGAUUCAACAUAUGUGAAUGAAUGUUAAAUUACGCCUUCUGAAAAAUUUUCAAGUUUUUCCAGAGUUAGACUUUCCAAAGAGAUUAACAUGCACAAAAAUCUUCACAUUAGUUGCUUUACAAUUAAAACUAAAAUCUUAGAAACUCUAUCCAAAGCAACAAAGAAGGAAUUGGAUCAAUCCAUUUGGAGGAAGACUCAUCUAAACUGAUGUAGGAAAUGACAUGAGAUUUUUUUAAAAAAGAGAUGUAUAUCUCGUAUUUCCAAAAUAAUAAUAAUGAAGUGUAAAAGACUCCGUUACAAUUUUAGUUCUUCAGUGAUGUACAAGGAAGAAUAUAAUGAUAGUUUGUGUAGUGGGUAAGGGCUUCACUUUGCUGCAUGGUCUGACCAUUUUAAUUCUGCCUUUAGGGAUGCUCUUGAUAUUUUUUGAAUUGUUGACAGUAGCUCCAUGGUUUUGGACAAGGUCCUUGUCCAAUCUUAUUUAGAGAUGCCUAAAUUGAAUGAAGCAUUUUUUUUGUGUGUAUACUUGACCAUGGAGAUUCUAUCUUUCUCAUUCCCAUUCCAGUACAAUAAUACUCUAUGCAUCCAGGUUUUUAGAAUAUUAAUUUUACACAUUUCCUCCAAUUUGUUGGACUUAGUAGAUAUUCAUAUUGUUAUAUGCAGUUAGCAUAUGCAAUUUUAUUUGGCAAGGUUUCUAUGUUACUCAGUUUUUUUUUCUUGAAAUGAAAUAUCAUCUGAAAUUUUAAGGUCUACAGAUAAGUUAAUGCUCAGGUUUAAAUUUUAAAAUUCUCUCCAAUUUCCUUAAUACACAGUGCCACAAACCCAGGACUUUUUAUGCCACUAUAUGCUCAAAGGUAGCCAUUCCCCCAAUAUCAACAUACUUCAAUAAGAAUUUCAGAUGAAAUCGGUCAAUUGCCGACUGACAUAAUAAUAAUAAACAGAAGGAGGAUAAAAAGUUUUAUUUGGAUGCAACAGUCAUAGAAAUGGGCAGAGAGUUAUAAAACGGAGAGAAUUGGAUUUACAAAUGGAUGGAUCUAUAGGUUUUCUAAAGAAAUUCUCAAAAUUUCUUGUCAAGUUCUGUGAUCAUUGCAUGUGACACAAAGUAUUAUUUUCAGAGGAAUGCUUUUCUUUGCAAGCCUCGUUGUAAUUUAUGAGCUCUACAAAAAGAUCUAAAUCAGUAGUGCUUGUGCUGGCUGGGGCCUCAUUAGUAAUUCUGAUCCUUUUGUAUCUUCCUGCCAGUCUUAUUUAGGGAGACCCUCAGUAGGGUUUUGCUGCCCCAACCUGGAGAUAACAGGCAACUACCCCUGAUUUGCAGCUCUCCCAGAGCAGCCAAAAGCAUUAGAUUUACAUUUUGAGGAAAAUGACAUUUGAAAGAGACUUAGAGUGCUGGUGCAUCUUUUCCACCAAAGCACAAAUUCUGUAGACACCCAAAAGAUUUGUAUGUAAAGGCAUAUUGGAGUUUACUAAGACAGUUUUCAAACAAGAUGAUCCAUAAAAGCAAAACAUUUCCAUCUGUACAGCUGGUGAAUCCAGGAAUUGUUUCAUGACUGCUGCACUUCUGAAUUAGCAUGGCUGUGAGGUAAGUAGGAGGAGAAGUCAUGCUGUGUGUAGCCAAGGGACGGCUACCAAUCAUUUUUACUCAGCAGUAGUUUAUCAGUUGCUGAAAUUCAUGUUAUGCUUCAUGCUGGCUUGUUGUACAAGCUAUGCUAUUUUAUUUCUUAGAUAAUACUAAGCCAUAAAUCAGAUUACAACUAUAAUGCCUGGUUUCACACACAUCAUAAUACAUCAAAUUGAAACAAGUAACAUGUCUUAGUGCAAUGUGCAGACACAGCCAAAGUAUGUGUUUGAACCAUAUACGAAGCUAGUAAUUUAUAAUGCCUGGCUUAUGAAAUGGUUACAUUUGCAGGCUAUAAAUUGCUAUCUUUUUGCACAGCUUUUUAAAAACCAACCCACUCUUUAAAAGCACCCUAUUCCCACACUUGAUUUAACAUCGAUUUGAAUCCUGAUGCUUUAUUACAGGAUCUUAUUUUUAAACUUUGACUUUUUCAAAGAUAAAAUACCUCUCCAACUUGGUUGUUGGUGUACAGGCACAACAGGGCAACCGCUUUAGGCAUUGUAUUUUUGUUUGUUUCUUUAAAGCCUUGUCCUUCUGUGACAGUGGGGUUGGCUUUCCUGAAGAAGUUUAUAUGUUUAGCAAUUUUCCCUGUUCCUGUGAUGACAUUUAUAAUAUGGAGUGGCUGUGAUUGUUCAGUUAAGCAGUUGCUAAAGGGAGUGUGUUGGAUGGAGAUGGUCCUAACUCCCUAACUGAAGCAGGCUUUUCUGAUUUGUUCAAUUUAAAAGGAAUAGAAAAAUGAAAAGGACAUUCUUCCCAUGAAAUUAAAUAACUUUCAGAUCAAUUUAUUUUGAGCUUUUAAUUAACUGUAUUUAAUGAAAUUUCUGAUUGAUAGCAUCAGCAAACAUUAGAUUUCCUUCUAAGAAGAAGGGAAAAACAUGUCUACAUAAACCUCAAAAGACUAUAGGCAUUUAUUAAUGAAAAAUAUGUUUUUCUUUAGCUGUUAUUUGCCUUCUAAGGGUAAUGUAAUGAGCUAAUGCUGUAAGCUGUGUGCUUUGGAUAUUAAUUUCCUAAAGGAAGUAUAAUUAAAAUCUCUAACUUCUGUACAAAUUUAAUCCUUGCAGCAUGAACCAGGGAGUUAGAUCCAGACUAAGUAAGUCCAUUGAAAUUGAUGGGAUUUAAGUUAGAUUCAGUGUAACUACCACUGAUUUAAUAUUUUUGCUUUAUGCAUAGCAACUCAAGCUGUUUGGACCCAGCUUGGAAUCAACUCAGAUUCUAAUUUUUACUUGAAAAGGUGAGCUUAAAGAAGAGUUCUACCAAUGUAGAAGCUCACUUCUGUUUUUUAACACUGUCUGUUACAGAUACUUUUCAGCAAUAGGAAUUCAAGCCAUGUCCUUCACUCUCUAUAAUCACAGCCAUUCCAUUCAUUACAUGUUAAUCAUGAGCCAGAGAUAAUAUCUCCUGGUUUAGUUCAGGUUGGGUGCCACUAAAUCAUAAGACAGUCCUCCCAACCUCUCAUUGGUACCCUGUUAAGUGCCUGUUGAGCUGCACUUCAUGUCAGCCUAAGGGCAUGAUGACCAUAUAUACAUACAUAUGAUAUGAAUAUAACCAAUUCAUGUUUGUUUUAUCUACCUCUUAGCACCUAUAGAUUUAAAUAAAUAAUUAGGUAGUUAUAAUACAACAUACUAUGUAGUCUAGGGAGAAAAAAAAUCCCCCCCCCCAAAUAAUCGUUCUGCUUAAAAUGUUGUUUUUUUUUUUUUUAAAUAGAACUAAGGGCGCUCUCUGCAUUCUAAAGCAGUCUUGGUAAGAUACAGAGGGCUAUGGAAUUAUGGGCAAGAGGUUUGGUUUCUGCAUUGCUGGUAAGUAGAUAGUGUGCUGGCCAUAUGUCUUAACAAAGCCAACACUCUCCAAUGCAGCUUAGUCAGCUCAGUAGGUACCCGCAUUGGGGUUCCUGCCCUGGAAUCAAUGGAUGAGCUCUUUGCCCUAAUCCAGUGAGCAAUGGAGGCAGCCAAAAGCUGCCCAAGCAUGGCUGAUGCAUGUGGAGCUUGCAACAAAACACAGUUCUCUUACAAUCAAAGCAGGACUGCUGGGUACAUGCCUGGUAUUGUGGAUUGUUGAUCUGUGGAAACCUGAUCUACAGAUAGAUUUUAUGUUUGUUCGAUCCGGAAUCCUGAUUUUCCCAAGCCUUAGAAUUUCCAGUCUGUAAAAUGGGUCUCUCUUUACCUUGUUGAAUUGAUUUGAAGACAAAAACAGAGACUGGAAAGCAGUUUGCUUACUGUGAGCACUGCCAGAAAGAACUUAUGCCUACAAGCUAGUGAAAUAAAGCUAGGAAGAAUUGCUUGGAUUCCACUGAGGCUGCAUUACCACCAUUACAGAUGAUCAACCUUGAUUUUUGAAGUGUUUGUUAGUUUGUAAGAACCCCAACACCUCAGUCAUUCUUUCCCUCCUUUAAUGACUUUUUAAAUAUAUAUAUAUAUAUCCACACACAUACACACACACAUUUCUUCCUUCUUUUUCCUAAUAAUUCAUAUCAGAACUCAUGUGUACCAUUUUCUUUCAACGUUCUUAGCAUAAGUGCUGACCAGCUUACACAACUAUCAGUGUUUAAUUGAAAUUGUGCCUUAGACACACAAGUGCGUGGUCUUUUGUAACUCUUUUAUACCCUCCUUCAAUAAUGCUGGACAACCUUGUUGCAUUUUUUUUUUUGAAAAAAGUUGUUUUAUUGGCAGUUUAUCAAAUUAACACAGUAGAAGGAAUCAUAAGGGCUGUUUUAUUGAAUGAAUGACCUAGGUUACUAUUAAUCUAAACUAACAUUUUGUUUCAAGUGACAAGAGAAACUGGUAGCUCAUUGCAAAUUGUUUCGGUAAUUUGCCAAUCCUUAUUGCUCGCUGUCAUCAUCUGAUUCAUUGCCUCAGAAGAUGGAGGUUCAGUAGAAUUUCCUUGAUGCAUGGUUGUUCCCAUGAAUUUCUGUAAUCUUUUAAAACAUAUUUGUGGCUAAUGAAGAAAAAAAUCUUACAUCUUCCAUUGGUGUAAAACUAUUUUGUUACUCUAUGUCAAUGUCUCUCAACUUCAGUCAGUUUAAGAAGCGUGAACCUUAACUCCCAGAAUUCCCCAGCCUUGUGGCAUCUUAAAGUGGCUGAGAUUGAGAAACAAUGCUUUUGGACCUUAUCUUCUGUUAGAAUAAUCAGUUGCUACAAAUGUAUUAGACAAAUCACUUUUAUGUAAAACAAAUAACUUGUGUGAAUUUGGAAAGAAAAUUUUGCUCCAUGUAAUGAUUUUGUGAAAUGUGUCAGACCUUAUGUUCUAAGCCAUUGAAACUAUUAUGAAUUCAGCCCCUGAAAAUUGUAUUCUUGAGUAAUUGUUUUUCUCUCUUUGGUCCGCUGUAUUUUUAAAAAAACUUUCUCUGCUUAAUUUUCUUUUUUUUAAAUUUCUGUUCUUUGACCCCUUGUCUUUUGCAUGAGGCAGGUUAGUUGGCUCAGAUCCAAAGUUGUGAUUAUGGAUGGACACUGGCUCCAUUUUUCUUCCAGCUUGUUUACUGCCACAAACUGCUUUACUCCACUGUUUCAUUUUUUUAAAUAAAAAGGAGGAAAAAAUCCA